AUGGAAGCGCUCGGCCCCGGACCUCCAACCAGCCUGUUCCAGCCGCCCCGUCGCCCCGGCCUUGGGACUGUGGGGAAACCAAUCCGCCUCCUAGCCAAUCAUUUUCAGGUCCAGAUUCCUAAAAUAGACGUCUAUCACUAUGAUGUGGAUAUCAAACCCGAAAAGCGGCCGCGGAGAGUCAACAGGGAGGUGGUGGAUACGAUGGUGCGGCACUUCAAGAUGCAGAUAUUUGGCGAUCGGCAGCCUGGCUAUGAUGGGAAAAGAAAUAUGUAUACAGCCCACCCGCUGCCUAUUGGACGGGAUCGGGUUGAUAUGGAGGUGACACUUCCAGGUGAGGGUAAAGACCAGACAUUUAAAGUGUCCAUUCAGUGGGUGUCUGUAGUGAGCCUUCAGCUGCUUUUGGAAGCUUUGGCCGGUCACCUGAAUGAAGUACCUGAAGAUUCUGUCCAGGCACUUGAUGUUAUCACAAGGCACCUUCCCUCCAUGAGGUACACUCCUGUGGGCCGUUCGUUCUUCUCUCCCCCUGAAGGCUAUUACCAUCCUCUAGGAGGGGGCAGGGAGGUCUGGUUUGGUUUCCACCAGUCUGUGAGACCCGCCAUGUGGAAUAUGAUGCUCAAUAUUGACGUAUCUGCAACUGCUUUCUACCGGGCCCAGCCUAUCAUUGAAUUUAUGUGUGAGGUUUUGGACAUCCAGAACAUCAAUGAGCAAACAAAACCUCUGACUGACUCCCAGCGCGUCAAGUUUACCAAAGAAAUCAGAGGACUCAAAGUAGAGGUUACCCACUGUGGACAGAUGAAACGGAAAUACCGAGUAUGUAAUGUGACCAGAAGGCCAGCUAGUCAUCAGACUUUCCCCCUCCAGCUGGAAAACGGUCAAGCUAUGGAAUGUACAGUAGCCCAGUAUUUUAAGCAAAAGUAUAGCCUUCAGCUGAAGUAUCCCCAUCUUCCCUGUCUUCAAGUAGGACAGGAACAAAAACACACUUACCUGCCACUUGAGGUCUGUAAUAUUGUGGCAGGACAACGGUGCAUCAAGAAGCUAACAGACAAUCAGACAUCCACUAUGAUCAAGGCAACAGCAAGAUCAGCCCCCGACAGACAGGAGGAAAUCAGUAGACUAGUCAAGAGCAAUAGCAUGGUGGGUGGACCCGAUCCCUACCUGAAGGAGUUUGGUAUCGUCGUUCACAAUGAAAUGACAGAGCUAACGGGCCGGGUGCUCCCAGCACCUAUGUUGCAGUAUGGAGGCCGGAAUAAAACCGUAGCCACACCAAAUCAGGGGGUCUGGGAUAUGCGAGGGAAGCAGUUUUAUGCUGGCAUAGAAAUUAAAGUGUGGGCCGUGGCCUGUUUCGCUCCCCAGAAACAAUGCAGAGAAGACCUGUUGAAGAGUUUCACGGACCAGCUGCGCAAGAUCUCCAAGGAUGCGGGGAUGCCCAUCCAGGGCCAGCCGUGCUUCUGCAAGUACGCCCAGGGCGCCGACAGCGUGGAGCCCAUGUUCAAACAUUUGAAGAUGACGUACGUCGGUCUGCAGUUGAUUGUGGUGAUCCUACCUGGAAAGACCCCUGUAUAUGCGGAGGUGAAGCGGGUUGGGGACACCCUCCUAGGAAUGGCCACGCAGUGCGUCCAAGUGAAGAAUGUAGUGAAAACAUCUCCCCAGACCCUAUCCAACCUCUGCCUGAAAAUUAAUGCAAAGCUCGGUGGAAUCAACAACGUCCUCGUACCUCAUCAAAGGCCUUCGGUGUUCCAGCAGCCCGUCAUCUUCCUGGGAGCAGACGUCACUCACCCCCCAGCCGGAGAUGGGAAGAAGCCCUCGAUCGCGGCCGUGGUGGGCAGCAUGGACGGCCACCCCAGCCGGUACUGCGCCACUGUACGGGUGCAGACCUCUCGCCAGGAGACCUCCCAGGAGCUCCUGUACAGUCAGGAAGUGAUCCAGGACCUGACCAACAUGGUCCGAGAGCUGCUGAUCCAGUUCUACAAAUCGACGCGCUUCAAACCCACUCGCAUCAUCUAUUACCGGGGAGGGGUCUCCGAGGGCCAGAUGAAACAGGUAGCUUGGCCAGAGCUAAUAGCAAUUCGGAAAGCCUGCAUCAGCCUGGAAGAAGAUUACCGACCAGGAAUAACUUACAUUGUGGUGCAGAAAAGGCAUCACACCCGGCUCUUCUGCGCAGACAAAACAGAGAGGGUGGGGAAAAGUGGCAAUGUGCCCGCUGGCACGACUGUGGACAGCACGAUCACACAUCCGUCUGAAUUUGACUUUUACCUCUGUAGUCAUGCAGGAAUUCAGGGAACCAGCCGCCCUUCACACUAUCAGGUUUUGUGGGAUGACAACUGCUUCACAGCAGAUGAACUACAGCUGCUGACCUAUCAGCUGUGUCACACCUACGUGCGCUGCACCCGCUCGGUCUCCAUUCCAGCCCCCGCGUACUAUGCUCGGCUGGUAGCGUUUAGGGCAAGAUAUCAUCUGGUGGAUAAGGAUCAUGACAGCGCCGAGGGAAGCCAUGUGUCAGGACAGAGCAAUGGCCGCGACCCCCAGGCUCUGGCCAAAGCAGUGCAAAUCCACCACGAUACCCAGCACACGAUGUAUUUUGCCUGAGAGCCUCUGAGGAGGCUCAGGGGAUCUGGGCACACCGUGCGCUCCCGAAACGUUUGGAAUGCCUACUGCUUCUGGAUAGGGCCAAGUUGACUUCAGACGGUCUUCCUACCAGCAGCUCUGAACAGUCGCACUGAACCUACUCUUCACGGCAAUGUCUGAUGCACCAACAGAAUUGAGCCAUGUGGUUUUUUCGUUUGUUUGUUUUAUGGGUUUUGUUUUGUUUUUUUUUUUUCGUUUUUGUUGUUUUUAAGUGACAGAAAUUCAUAGACUGUCUUUUCCGAUGCAUUGGACUGAAUUUUUUACCUCAAAGCGUAAAGGCUGAUCAUCCUGAAAUUUUUAAAGGACUUGGCAUGAAAGGUUUCUAUUGAAUAUUUUGCUAGCUACAGUUAAGUUUAUCACCUCAUCCCAGUAGUACACGGAGAUGGAGUUAUUCCCUUGUAGUCCGUACUCACCAAGCAGGGUGAACGCUUAAGCGGGAGGAAAAAGAAAACGCAAAAUCAUUUAACUUCAGUUCAGCUAGACACAGUUCUAUUGUGUGGGGCCAUAGACUUUUUAACGGAGAUUUUAGACUUCACUACUGUAAAUGCCUUUGUCAAGCAUUAGUUUCGGAAGGUAUUGCAGUCUUGUUGGUUUAACUAGUUUAUCUUUUUAAAUCUCUGCAGACUUGUGCUGGUGCAAGUACAGGCUGCAAAGCAAUUGCACUAUAUAUAUUACUGCAGAUUCAAAUAGGCGGUUCUUGUUCGGUAAACCUGUGAAUGUGUAACAUAACCAGAUAGUAACACCUGUGAGCAGGUUUUAAUUAUUAUAAUGGUUACAGAUAACACUGCCAUAGGAUGGUUAAAAGUAAUCAUGUUUCCCCCCCCCCUUAAAAAAAAUUAGCUUUUAGAUAUUUUUCCAAGUUUUACAGAAGUGCCCAUUUUAUGCUGCUGUGUGGUUUGAUAAAUCUAAAUGAUUUUUAAACUUUU